AUUUGACAGCGAGGAAAAUGUCACGCGCAGGCGCACUUCCUAAUAAGUGGAGGGCGGAUCCGAGGGGACUUAUUUCGCGGAGCACUCAGAGGGGCGUGGGUGCACGCGCCCUGUGUGCCGAGAAACCGGGUUCCCCAGGGUGAGUUUUCUGGCGCUGCCGGAAGUGUCCGGAGAGAGCCGAGCCGAGCGGAGCCUUCCGUGCUGUGUCGCCGGCCUCACCCACUGCGGGGCACCAUGGAGCCGGGCGCCUGAGGGCGGAGCGGGGUGCCCUGCCCCCGACAUGCCAGCCGGGCCCCAUCGGCGCAGGUAUUGCUUGGAGUGUAGCAUAGAGGCACUAUGUACUCAGAGUGGAGGUCCCUGCAUCUUGUUGUUCAAAAUGAUCAGGGUCACACCAGUGUACUUCACAGCUAUCCUGAUAAUGUGGGUAGAGAGGUGGCAAAUGCAGUGGUGCGUCCUCUUGGGCAAGCCUUAAGUACGCCAUCGGCAGCUGGGAGUGAGAGCUUACUAAAAACAGAUAAAGAAGUAAAAUGGACCAUGGAGGUGGUUUGUUAUGGACUGACCCUCCCAUUGGAGGGCGAUACUGUGAAGAAUUGUGUCGAUGUAUAUACUGACUGGAUUAUGGCUCUUGUAUUACCUAAAGACUCCAUUCCUUUACCUGUUGUUAAGGAACCAAACCUUUAUGUUCAGAGCAUUCUCAAACAUCUACAAAAUCUCUUUGUACCAAGGCAGGACGCGGGGUCCAGUCAGAAUAGACUAUGCUUGCAGGUUUUGAAGGCUGUCCAGAAAUUGGCUCGUGAGUCAACCAUCAUGGCUCGAGAAACUUGGGAGGUUUUAUUACUGUUUCUCCUACAGAUUAAUGACACUCUUCUGGCAGCUCCCACUGUGCAAGGUGGCAUUGCUGAGAAUCUGGCUGAGAAACUGAUUGGUGUGCUGUUUGAAGUGUGGUUGCUAGCUUGCACUCGGUGCUUUCCAACACCCCCUUAUUGGAAAACUGCCAAAGAAAUGGUGGCCAACUGGCGGCAUCACCCUGCUGUAGUGGAGCAGUGGAGUAAGGUUAUCUGUGCCCUUACUUCCAGAUUGCUGCGUUUUACAUAUGGACCUUCAUUUCCUCCAUUUAAAAUUCCUGAUGAAGAUGCCAGUCUGAUUCCUCCUGAAAUGGACAACGAGUGCAUUGCACAGACUUGGUUUCGCUUUUUACAUAUGCUGAGUAAUCCAGUGGAUUUGAGUAACCCAGCCAUUAUAAGCUCUACCCCCAAAUUUCAGGAGCAGUUUCUGAAUGUGAGUGGAAUGACUCAAGAAUUGAAUCAGUAUCCCUGCCUUAAACAUCUGCCUCAUAUAUUCUUUCGUGCCAUGCGUGGGAUCAGCUGUUUAGUGGAUGCGUUCCUAGGCAUUUCACGACCCCGGUCAGACAGUGCUCCCCCCACACCAGUAAAUAGGUUGAGCAUGCCCCAGAAUACUGCUAUCAACACAACCCCACCUCAUAACCGAAGGCAUCGGGCCGUGACUGUGAAUAAGGCAACAAUGAAAACCAGCACUGUUAGCACUGUUCACACAUCAAAAGUGCAGCACCAGCCGUCAUCGUCCACCUCUCCAUUGUCUAGUCCAAACCAGACUAGCUCUGAGCCUCGACCACUACCAGCUCCCCGCAGACCAAAGGUUAACAGCAUCUUGAACCUCUUUGGAUCAUGGUUAUUUGAUGCAGCAUUUGUUCACUGUAAACUUCAUAAUGGAAUAAAUAGAGACAGCAGCAUGACUGCAUCUUUUAUCCAAAUUCUUCUUUCUUAUAAAUCUUCUAUAGCAACCCAAGCUAGCAUGGAGUUUCGUCGGAAAGGAUCGCAAAUGUCCACAGACACCAUGACUUCCAAUUCCACAUUUGAUGCAAGUGAAUUUCCUGAUAACUAUGAAGCAGGAAGAGCAGAGGCAUGUGGAACACUAUGUAGGAUAUUUUGUAGCAAGAAGACUGGGGAGGAUAUACUGCCAGCUUACUUAUCCCGAUUUUACAUGCUUUUAAUUCAGGGUUUGCAGAUAGCGGAUUUCAUUUGCCACCCAGUGCUGGCCAGCAUUAUUCUAAACUCUCCUCCAUUGUUCUGCUGCGACCUGAAAGGGAUUGAUGUGGUGGUUCCUUACUUCAUUUCUGCCCUUGAAACGAUUUUACCUGACAGAGAGCUCUCAAAGUUUAAAACCUAUGUAAACCCUACAGAGCUGAGAAGAUCCUCUAUCAAUAUUUUGCUGUCAUUGUUGCCUCUGCCUCAUCAUUUUGGGACCAUAAAAUCUGAGGUUGUCCUGGAAGGAAAAUUCAGCAAUGACGACAGCUUAUCAUAUGAUAAACCAGUAACCUUCCUAUCCUUGAAGUUGAGGCUUGUGAAUAUACUAAUAGGAGCUUUGCAAACUGAAACAGACCCCAACAACACUCAAAUGAUACUAGGAGCAAUGUUAAAUAUUGUUCAAGACUCCGCACUUUUAGAAGCCAUUGGCUGUCAGAUGGAAACGAAUGGUGGCGAAAAUAACCUUUUGAAAAGCCACCGUCGCACUAAUAGUGGCAUUAGUACAGCAAGUGGAGGAAGCACAGAACCCACAACUCCAGAUAGUGAGAGACCAGCACAAGCACUUCUAAGAGAUUAUGCUCUUAAUACAGAUACAGCGGCUGGACUACUGAUUCGCAGUAUUCACCUGGUAACACAAAGACUCAACUCACAGUGGAGACAGGACAUGAGUAUCUCACUAGCUGCAUUAGAGCUUCUUUCUGGAUUGGCAAAGGUGAAGGUGAUGGUUGAUUCAACUGACAGCAAGCGAGCUGUUAGUUCAGUAUGCAGUUACAUUGUGUACCAAUGCAGCCGUCCAGCUCCAUUCCACUCUAGAGAUCUUCACUCCAUGAUCGUUGCAGCAUUUCAGUGCCUCUGUGUCUGGCUCACUGAACAUCCUGACAUGAUGGAUGAAAAGGACUGUUUAAAAGAGGUGUUGGAGAUUGUGGAAUUGGGCAUCUCAGGAAGUAAAUCCAAAAACAGUGAACAAGAGAUCAAGUACAAAGGAGAUAAAGAACCAAAUCCUGCGUCAAUGAGGGUGAAGGAUGCAGCUGAAGCUACAUUAACAUGUAUUAUGCAGUUACUUGGAGCAUUUCCUUCACCCAGUGGCCCUGCCUCUCCUUGCAGCCUGGUGAAUGAAACCACCUUAAUUAAAUACUCCCGUCUACCUACCAUUAACAAACACAGCUUCCGCUACUUUGUCCUUGAUAAUAGUGUCAUCCUGGCAAUGUUGGAACAGCCUUUAGGGAAUGAGCAAAAUGACUCUUUCCCCUCUGUCACGGUUCUGAUCCGCGGGGUGUCUGGAAGACUUGCGUGGGCCCAGCAACUUUGCCUUUUGCCAAGAGGAGCUAAAGCAAAUCAAAAGAUGUUUUUACCAGAACCUCGACCAGCUCCUAAAAAUGAUGUUGGAAUCAAAUACAGUGUGAGACACCGGCCCUUUCCUGAGGAGGUGGACAAGAUCCCCUUUGUGAAAGCUGACCUGAGCAUUCCAGACUUGCAUGAAAUUGUUAAUGAGGAAUUGGAAGAGCGGCAUGAGAAGCUGAGGAAUGGUAUGGCCCAACAGAUCACUUAUGAGACUUCUAUAGAUCAGCAGAGUGAAGAGGAGUGGCGCAAGAAGAGUUUCCCUGACCCUAUCACUGAGUGCAAGCCCCCGCCUCCUGCCCAGGAAUUCCAGACAGCACGCCUCUUCCUCUCGCAUUUUGGAUUUCUGUCACUGGAGGCACUGAAGGAAACUGCUAACAGCCGUCUACCUCCUCAUCUGAUUGCACUUGACUCCAGUCUCCCUGGGUUUUUUGAUGACCUUGGUUACUUGGAUCUACUGCCAUGUCGUCCUUUUGAUACAGUUUUCAUUUUCUAUAUGAAGGCAGGCCAGAAAACAAGCCAGGAGAUUCUGAAGAAUGUAGAGUCUUCCAGAAAUGUUCAGCCACACUUCCUAGAAUUCUUACUGUCUCUUGGCUGGGCCGUAGAUGUGGGAAAGCACCCUGGUUGGACUGGUCAUGUUUCAACAAGUUGGUCCAUUAACAGUUGUAGUGAUGAAGAGGGUCCUGAGCAAGAUGAAAUUGUUUCUUCAGAAGACACCGGAGCAAGCAUAUUCAAUGGGCAGAAGAAGAUUCUGUAUUAUGCUGAUGCCCUUACAGAAAUAGCAUUCGUUGUUCCCUCCCCAGUGGAGUCCUUAACUGAUUCAUUGGAAAGCAAUGUCUCAGACCAAGAAAGUGACUCUAACAUGGAUCUUCUGCCUGGGAUACUAAAGCAGCCAUCUCUGACACUUGAACUCUUCCCCAAUCAUACAGACAAUCUCAAUUCCUCGCAGCGGCUCAGUCCUACUUCCAGAUCAAAGAAGUUGCCUCAGGGCCGGACCAUUCCACCAAUGGGACCUGAAACCAAGGUGUCUGUGGUCUGGGUUGAACGUUAUGAUGAUAUAGAAAACUUUCCCCUCUCUGAUCUGGUUUCUGAGACCAGCACUGGUGUAGAAACUACAUCAAAUAGUAGCACUUCCCUAAGAUCAACCACUCCUGAAAGAGAAGUUCCUGUGGUUUUCAUCCAUCCCUUAAACACCGGGUUAUUCAGGAUAAAAGUGCAAGGCGCUUCUGGAAAAUUCAACAUGGUCAUCCCCCUGGUGGAUGGAAUGAUAGUUAGUAGGCGAGCUCUUGGUUUCUUAGUGAGACAAACAAUAAUAAAUAUUUGUCGGAGAAAGAGGCUGGAAAGUGAUUCAUACAACCCUCCACAUGUCCGCCGAAAACAGAAAAUAGCUGACAUUGUCAAUAAAUACAGAAACAAGCAGCUGGAGCCAGAGUUUUAUAUCUCACUUUUCCAGGAGGUUGGGCUCAAGAACUGCAAUCCCUAGACCACUAUCCUUCCAGGACAAUUAGAUCAGAGGUUGGUGGCUACAGUAAUCGAAACAGUUAGACAACCAAAAAAACCCAAACCACCCUGCAAAAAAUCUCCCCCUCAGUCCUCCAGAGUAGAGAGAAAUGACUCAGUGGACACCAUACAGGAGGAGUCAGGAAUGAAUAGGCUCCCAACCUUCAACAUCCUAAUAAGACCACGUCUUUGAACACAACUCCAUGUCUCCUGCACAAGAGGAGGCAGAAAUUAUACCACUUUCACCAUUUAAACAUUUUCCCAUUCUGUUAGAAAAAAAAAAAUAGCAAGUAUGUCUGAGAGAGGCUUGAAUACAGCCCUGAUAGCCUCCCAUGUUCACAGAAAAUGACGGGUUCCAGGCAUAGGUUCAGGAACUAACAGCUGGGGCUUCCUUCCUCGCUGCUCCAGGAGAUUCGGUUCAAGAACUAAUCCUGAGACCAGUUCCUUACAAGACAUGAAAUCAAGAACAUGGUAGCUGGGAUAUUAACUUACCUUGCCUGCUCACCCACCCACAACCAACCACUGCAUUCCACACCAGUCCUCCUGGAUACUCAAAACAACAUCUCUUAGCACAACCUUCUUUCUCCCCUAAUUAGAGGAAAGAACAAAUAAAUAUCUCAUCCAGUGAGAAGGACAUACUGAAUACAGAACUCCAUCUCUGCAUAGGGGGAUGGAAAAUGAAAUACAAAUAAACCUGAAUGAAAGAUGUCUAAAUGCACACAUACACAAAAGAAGAAAGGAACAGAGUCAUCUUCCCUUCACACCUGCUGGGGAAGAGACACCCUAUCUCGGAGCAUUAACCAUCCACUGUAAGGAGUUAAAUAGAAGUUCUUAAAAAAAAAUACCUCCAAACUCAAUAGAAGAGACUUCUUUGAUGGAGAGCAUUCAAUUUCUAUAACAAGCUGAAGGAGAAAAAAGUUAGUUCAUAAACAUCAAGUCAUGAAAUCCAUAGCUGAAGUGCUGUGAUUCCAUAGUUACCUCUCAAUAAAUUCCAGAAUUACUGCUGGUGUUCGGCAUGACUGAAUUUUAUGCAUAUUUACACUUAUACCAGGUAUACACAGAAAACCUGAGAUUACCUUACUUUCAAGAAUUUUUUUCUACUAGGUAACCGAGUUGAGGUCUUGCACUUGUGUAUAAACAAAGCUAAGGCAUUAUGGUCUGUUGCAAAAUGUCACUUGGUUUUAAUACAAUUUGGUUUUAUGCCCUAACUAAAUAACCCAUUAUAAUGGUUAAAUUACCUGCUUGCUUACCAUCAGAUCAAAAAAUGACUGUCUCCAGAAAGACUGUUUAGAUAGCUGUAUGUACAAGGACUGUUACCAGGAGCCAUAUUUCUGAGUGUGGUCCAGAACAUUUGCUUUACUAUUGCUGAAAUGGCAGAAGAGAUUUGGGGGUUUGCCCAUUAAAGAAUCUUUUUAUAUUUGUGCAGGUGUCAGACUGCUCCUCAAACUGUUAAACUAUGCCCUAAAGAACAAUCACCCUGCUGAAUGUGCUUUCUCUUCCACUCUGGGAUGAUCCAGGCUACCAUAGCCCCUUUAUAGUGACUAUUGCACAUCUGACUCAUAAUUCAACAUAAAAUACUAUAGAGACACUGUGCUUUUAGUUUGUUCAUCUCAAGUAGUGGCUACUGUUUCUGAAAGAGAUUUCCUUUCCUAAGGACUGAUGAAAGUGCCCAGUUCCCUUUUACAGCAAGGAGAGGGUUUGUAAGCUCUAAACUCCUCUAUUCCCUGAUUUUAGUGAACAUAGGUCAAACGUUUUCUUCAGAACUGUAGACCCUCCCUUUUCUGUGUCCUAAACUAAGAGUUAAAUAUGCAUAUUUUAGUCCCAAGUAAAACGGGCCUGUAGCAUGAAAUGUGGAUUUGGCAUUCUGUGACUGUUGAUGUCCGUUUUGUCCUCUGCGAAGCAACUGGCUUCCAUUUGAGCUCCUUUGUUCUUCAGAUAGAACUUUUCCCCUCUGCUGGGCUCAUAGUGCAAAGCCCCUUUCCAGCAUCUGCCUUUACAUUAGGAUACCAAAAUUGUUUUAUGCAGUGCACAAACUCACACCAAGGGACAUGUUGGGAGUCAGAAAUCAGAUUGACAAACUUAUUGGAAAUUCCAAAAUCCGCUUAAUAUGAUGCAGAAAAGCGUAAUACACUGUUCAGGAUUCCUCUUCUCUCCCACCCACAAAAAAAUUAAUUUGCAUUGCAAUGAUGAAUAACUGAAGCUUGUCAGAGCACAGGUGAUGAUGUGUGGUCUCUUCUGAUACAGUAGCUCAGCAGAAAGGAUUGGUGUAAGGAUGAGGAGUUUGGCAGGCCCUACAUUUUAUUAUGAAAAGACAUUCAGAGACUUUUAAUACAAAUCACAAUAAGUUUUGAUAUUUAUUUAACUUUUUGAAAGUUACUUUUUGCAACAGUUCUGACUUCAAAACAGGCUCAGUAAGGAAAGUAUUUCAUCACACAAUACUAAUGUACCAAGAAGUGGUCUUUUACAAAGAAUAAAUUGAAAACGUGCCCUAAAAAUCCACCUGAAAGGACUUACCAUAAAUUAUUACAACUGAAAAUUAACCCCCCCCACACACAAUUUUCUUAACGCUUACAUGGCCUACUUAUUACUUGCAUUUCAUUCUUGCUAGACAACAUAUUGACUGUUUCACUUGCGUAUAGUUUAUUUUCAGUCUAGUCUCGGGCAUCAGGAUAGCACUACAAUAUUUGGGUUACAAACAUUACACAGUUCUCAAUUUAAAUAAUCCUUUUUUCCCUUUUUAGAUCCUGAAAACAUUCUAUUGGGGGUUUGUAAAAAUGUUUAAACUGAGAGUACCCCUUUACUGAUAAAUUAUUUCAAUAGAAUUUGAGAAAAGGUAACAUACUGUCAUCUUGUUAGCAUUUCUGUCUUAGAGUUGCAAUAAUUUUAGGAUCUUGCAUCUCAUUUAAAGAGUUAUAAAGUAUCUUUUUAAAAAGUACUUAAGGGUAUUACAAACUUGCAGCAAAUGAAUGGGAAAAUGCAUGUCAGUGAAAGAUUAGAUACCUUUGUGGACAGCAUCCUCAGAGAAAUUGUAGGAAGCAAAGCUAGUCAUUUGUAGCCUAACUAAUUGAACUACUGGCUUCACAACAGAUAGCUGUGUAUUUCUCUCAUGCAGUGUUCUGGAUGUUUAGCCUGAAGGAUAGCAAACUAAAUUUGACUUUUAAUGGUGAGAAAAAGUUAGAUAUUAUUCAAUGAUCACACAGUUUAAAGGUUGAUGUUUUUGAAGGAACCAAACGUAUACUGUUUCCACACUGGGUUUUAGCAGGAGUGGUUUGAAAUGCGAUUGCCAGGUAUCAUGUGCUUAAAAUCAUGUACACUUUGUGUGAACUUCUGUAUGUUGCCAAGACAUGAUCUUUUUGUUCCUAUUGUAUUUUUCUGUAAAUAUUACUGGCGCUAAGUUGUAAAGUAAAGGCAAACUGUAAAUAUGAAGAUGUGAACUAUGAUCCCUUGUCUCUAGUACUUUAUCUCUUAUUUGUUUAGGGAAGGCACAAAGGCUUGUAUGUAUUUAAGCCAAUUAUUUGUCCAGAAGAAACACAUCAAAUAAUGAAUGUAACACAAUUAGUCCAAUAAAUUUUAAAGAAAUUCUUAUCUA